CUUCAUGACAUGGUUUAGUCAAGAGAAGGAAUGAGGUUGGCUUGCUGCUCCAAAAGGAACCGACUGUCCCAAGAGAACACCUUCAAGGGCUCCGAGACGGAAGAUGGCCAACUUCUGCUCAAACCUGGUCUUGUAUCGGAGGGUCCUUCUAAUGGCCAUCGUUGCGGGCUUGGGAGGGACCUUCCUUUUUGGAUUCCAAGUCUCCGCAAUCAACUUCACCGCGCCAUACGUCAAGGCGUUCAUCAACGAGACCUGGCUGGAGAGGUACAACGUCCCCAUCGAAGAAGAGACUCUCCUGCUCCUCUGGUCGCUCAUUGUGUCGACCCUCAGCAUUGGAGGGCUGAUAGGAUGCUGGCUUUCAGGAUAUCUGCCUGCAAAAUUUGGGAAGAAGAAAUGCCUCAUAUUCAACAGCGUGGUCAUGAUGGCAGCGGCGGCGGCUGUGGGCGCCAGCAAAAUAGCCAAGUCCUUUGAGAUGAUUCUGCUCGGACGGGUCCUGUACGGUUUCAGCGCGGGUCUCGGCUGCUGCAUCCAAGGUCAAUUCCUCACAGAAAUUUCCCCAAAGCACCUCCGGGGUUUCAUCAACGUUUCUCUUGCGGUUCUGGCAACUUUGGGGAAGUUCCUAGGGCAAGUGGUGGGGCAGCAUGAACUUCUGGGGAGUGAGUCUCUCUGGCCACUCCUGCUGUCCAUCAACGGAGCUUUAGGCCUGGGGAUCUUGGUGAUCACCCCGUUUUUCCCAGAGUCUCCACCUUACCUUUUGAUCCAGAAGAGAGACUUAGAAGGCUGCUUGAAAGCCCUGAAAUGGCUGUGGGGUGAAGGGGACCACAAAGCAGAAGUAGAUGACAUGCUGAAGGAGCAGACAUCCAUGAAAGCAGCCAAGAUCAUGACGGUCUGGGAGCUUCUGAAAGAGAAGUCCAUGCGCUGCCAGCUCUACCUGCUGGUCGUCAUUGGGGCUGCGCUGUCCCUAAGCGGCAUUGCGGCCGUCUACUUCUAUGCCUCCGAAGUGUUCAGCACCGCCGGGUUCAAGCAAGAACUCAUCCCCUACGUGACCAUUGGGACUGGGGCCUGCGAGCUCUGUUCCACCAUCUUCUGCUUCAUCCUCAUUGAGCAUUUCGGCAGGAGAAAGCUGAUGCUCUGGGGAUACGGCUCCAUGAUCCUGGUCCUGGCACUCCUAACCACGGCCCUCUCUCUCCAAGACAAGGCCUUCUGGAUCCCAUACUGCAGCACUGGCCUCGUUUUCCUCUUCAUCGUGGUCUACGGCAUGGGUCCUGCUGGGACAACAAUGCCGGUCAUCGUCGAACUCUUCACCACGUCGUCCAGGCCGGCUGCGCUCGUCAUCUCCAUGACUCUCCACUGGCUGGGAAUAUAUUUGCUUGGGAUGCUUUUCCCAUACGCGGCACUCUACCUGGGCACCUUCUGCUUCCUGGUUUUCAUGGUCUUCAUCGUGAUCGCCUGGGGAGUCAUCUUCUGCUUCCUCCCAGAGACAAAGGGGAAGUCGAUCGCCGACAUCCAGGGGGAAUUCAGCAAAUCCAACAUGGAAAUGGACGGGAAGGUUGCCAUGAUCAAGCCUGUGCGUGAAGAUGACACAGUGUGCACCAAACUCUAA